GAUAACUCGUAACAUACUUGCACACCGGAAACAACGUUUACGUUAUGAAGAAAAUUAUGACAAUUUUGUUUAUUUUCAUGAAUUCUGGGCUCUGUUUUUGUGGCUGGACAGAAGACGGGGGUUACAUUGGCCUCUAUCCCGGGGGUUGCGCCGUACAAAGUGACUGUCCAUCAGAUGAAAGAUGCAUGCACUCUUUAGAGGAAACCAUUUGUCCCCCAAAUCAUGAAAACCUGUGUCGGUGUACCCUAGGCUGUGAGAUAGAUAGCCGUAUAAUACGAUAUGAACAAUGGAGACCGAUUCCAGGAAAGGGGUUCUGCAAAUGUCUAAAUUCUGCUACCAACAAUUCAUACUGUUCAAAGAACAUGGAUUUAUGAUGGAAAACGCUUGUAUCAGUGCUGGUCAUUGAAGAAGAUGAAGAACAAAUAGAGAUAUCAUGAAUGAAAUUUUGACUUGUGAUUAAUCCUCCCUCAUGGACAACUAACAAAUGUUGUUUCUCUUCAAGAGCUUAUACAAUUGGCUUAUUUAUAAUACUCAUAAUAUUGAUCCUUCAAGAGUGACUAUCUGCUACCCAUUUUUUUCAGCAUAAUAUCAAUGUUAAAUUGUGACCUAAAAAUGAAUUAAUGCACUAUUAACUGUUUUACCAAGGAAAAAUGUUCUCAUUUAUAAUGCAAAGUUUAUUACGGUAUAAUAAGAUAUAUAUACACUGCUGAUUCGCCAAAAUUAAUGUGUGACACAAUAUUUACAUGUAUGAAUUAAUUUGUAUCUUCUAUGGUACUUUUAGUGAAUUUACUUCUUAUGGUGGUUGUAUGAUAAUGGUUAUGUGACUUUUUGUGAAUGAAUUGUUUACUUGCUUCAAGAGAACUGUUUAUUUGUUUUAAAAUAUAUUUUUUGAAUUGUUUGUAUAAAUUUACGCAUUAUUAAAUGUCAUUGCAUAAUACAUCUGCUCCAGGAACAGAGCAUUUAUUAAUUGGAAUGUGGUUUCAGUACAUCUUGACAUUGCACUGAAAGUUAUUGUACGAAUAUUUAUAUACUUAAUUUUUUAUUCCAUUAUAUGUAUAAUUUUUAUGGGUUUUUUUUCCCUGUAAAUGCUGGAAUGGUUGGUUUGUUUUAUUUUGUUUUCAAUGAAAAAAAGAUCUUUAAAUACGAAUGUUGAA